GUCACACGCCAGCGGACUGAGGGAGGGAGGCGGGAGCAUGGCUGGCAGGUCCCUGCGGGCGGCCCGGCAUCACCUCAGCCCGCUGCUCUCGUUGGGCGCUCGGCGGCCCUGCAGAGAUUGCUUGUGUGUCUUCAGCACUGCAGCCCAGCAGAGGAGUACGGGAGAUGAGUGUGGACCAGAGGAUCCCCGCGAUGAGCCGAGGCAUCCCCUUUCUGAGCGAACUCUGGAGCUCAAAGCCAGCAAACUGGAAGAACAAGUCCGUGAUUUAACUGAGCGAUACCGGAAAGCGUUGGCAGAUUCGGAAAAUGUCCGGAGGAGAACACAGAAGUUUGUGGAAGAUGCCAAGCUGUUUGGGAUCCAGAGUUUCUGCAAGGACCUGGUGGAGGUAGCUGAUAUCUUGGAGAAGACUACUGAGAGCGCUGCAAGAGAAGCAGAGCCUAGUGACCCAAAACCAACCCUCAAGAAGAUCUGUGAAGGCCUGUCCCUCAUAGAGGCCAAGUUGCAAAGUGUAUUUGCCAAGCAUGGCCUUCAGAAGAUGAGCCCCGUCGGUGGCAAAUAUGAUCCAUACGACCAUGAAAUAGUCUGCCAUGUGCCAGCAGAGGGAAUGCAGCCCGGCACAGUGGCACUAGUGACUCAGGAUGGCUAUAAACUCCACGGCCGCACUAUCAGACAUGCACAUGUUGGCGUGGCAGUAGAGUCGCAGGAGUGAUGUAGUGGGUGCACCCAUUGGGAUCUGAGCUGAGGACUCUGUCACACAGUGGCGAUAGCAGCUGCAUGUCUUUUCUUUAUUUAUUAAGCUAGGUUUGUAUUGUACAUUGGCUUCUUCACAACAUGUGCAGUAAUCUUGGCUUUAAUUCCAAGAGGCUCAAUUAUUUAAUGUUACUUUUUCCGAGUGUGUGUAAUGCUGGGAAUCCUGCUAUUUAUCGGAAGCAUGUGGCACUGCUAGCCCCCUUCUCUGUUGGAUUCAGGUCUCUAUUAAAACUUGCACUGGGGGAAGAGGGAGUUGGGGAGAGAGAAUCUGAGAGCCAGGAAUUUCUGCCUUCUGAUCCCAGCUCUGACGUACUCUUUCUGUGGCUUUCGGCAAGUCACUUAGCCACUCUGCCUCAGUUUCCCUAUUUGUAAAAUAGGGAUAUAAUAAUACUUACUAACCACCUCACAGGGGCGUUGUGAGGAUUAAAUAAUAGUUGAGAUGUACCUUAGAGAUGAAGAUCUCUAGCUAAGUGCUAAGUAUUAUUAUGAGACUCUUGUGUGGUCUUUUAUUUUUCCUGUUUCCCUUAGGCAGAAGGAGCUGUGAAGCAUCUGCCAUUUUCAGCCAGACUUUUCUCAUCUCUCUUCAGAAAGCAAUUCUGAAUUAACAAAGCCUUAAAUCAUCUUGUAUUUGAGUAUGGAUGAGGGUUUUUAAAAAAAAAAAAAAAAUCAUCAACUGAAACGUGAUCAGAUUAAUGUUUGCUCUCCAGCUAAGACUUCAGACCUGCAGAGCCAUCCCUAGGGGGCAGCGAAUCAGGGCAACCGCUCCCGGCCCCGCACUUUGGGGGGCCCGGUGAGCAGGUGUGAUUGGCCAGCGCCGCAUGGGCGGCGGGUGAACCGCUGGCUGGGGGAGGGAGAGCUCUCCACCCAAGGGAGAGCCACGCUUGGCUGUUUGGGAAGGCACAGCCUCCCCUUCCCGCUCCCAGCGUGAUGUCACUUCCGCUCCGGUCCCUGCACCUCCCUAGGAACAGCCCUGCAGAUCUAUCUGCUUCUCACUAAAGUUAAACAGUGAGAGCGACACCAGUCGGGGGAGCAGAAACUGUUCUCAAGUUUCAGCCACUGAGCAAAGAUCUAGGCCUGUUCUCCAAACAAGAAGUAUUUUUAAGAGAAGGAAAAUCUAUCUCUAAAUCAUUUGUGCUGCAGCUUCCAAGCAUCAGAAACGGUUCACUCUUUACUAGCCCUGAAAAGGGAAAUAUGAUCUCUUAUUUUGUCAAGCCACCAGCUAAUUGAUACACAAUUAACACCGUUGCCUUUCCCAACCCUAAUUCAGAGCCUGUUUCUGCCUGGCUGUGGAUAGACAUCAAAUUUAGGCUUUAUUUCAUUAGCGAAAGCUCAAAGUGUCCUUGAAUCAGUUGCAGCAGCAAGUAUGAGCAAGUGAAGAGAAGCAGAGAUCCAAGUGCCCAUCGAGUUUGGGAGCUGGCCUGAAGGGUUCUAGCUCAAGGCAGUCUGGCUGGUGAAGCCUGGCGAAAUAUCAUAGGGCAUGUGUAUCUCUCUUGCUGAACGGUUUGUAUGUGUGAUGCCUUCAGCUGAACUGAAAGGAUGGGUAGACUCCUCAUCCCCAGCAUUACUGACUUACUAGAAGCGAAUGUCUAUCUCUGAGCUAAAUGGGAAUCCAGCCCUCAUUUAAUGAACAGCAGGAGAAAUAAUGGAAGAGAAGGCCCCAAGCUAUCGGCUGCAUUAUAAAAGGCAAGGAGGGUGAACAGUUGUACUUUCAGGAAUUCUUGCCCUCUCUCUUGUUAUCAAACCUAUGGUCUGGCAGGCGUUUGGGCUCUGCUUCCAAAGACUUUUGUCUAGUGGGGGCACCAGUUCUGUCUCAGAGGAGGUAUUCCUUUCCCAUUCCUUUGCAGAUGUGAGAUCCUGAAAAAGGCAGGAGAGGUACUCAUAGUCUUGUGAUGGACCUCAAGAUUACAACCUCCCUUAAUUAGCAGCUACAAAUUAAGACUUUCUGGGAAGAUUCCAUAAACCUAGAAUAUUCAUCUGAGUGAGUUUCGUUCAAAGACAGACAUGUCUCUUCUCAUAUGAUUAGUACAAAACUGCCUCUUAAUAACAACAGAACCCAUGGUUCCCUUGGGGGUGAUUCAGCAUUCCCAUUCUUCAUUACAAAACACUUCUUAGCGUGUGUAUGUGCCUCUGACCAUGUAGGAUGUUGAGGUGGGUGUUGAGGCAAGUACUUGAGAUCUCAGCCCUGGAAAUCAGUACUUCAUGGCAAUAUUGGAUCAUUUCUAGCAAACAUCCGCUUACAUUUCUUUACCCGUGUAACUUCUAUAAUACUGGCAUACCUUACAGGGCUGUUGUGAGGAUUAAUUUAAGGUGUACAAAGUGCUCUGAGUUCCUUUGACUAAAGGUGCUAGAAAGAGGCAUAGUAUCACUAUUAUUCUUCCUAGUUUUCUGCUUCACUUUGAAUCUCAAAAUGAAAGUGCACCUAAGCAAAUCUCAAUGGGCCAAUCUCCCAAAUUCCCUAGCAGGAGUUAGAAAUCUUAGGCUAACUUUGGUCCUGUUGCCUUUCAAACACACAUACAUCCCUCAUGUGGCUGAGGUCUAUGGCUAGGUUGAAUUUCUUCUAGGGAGAUUCCAGUCCCCUUGCUGUCUUCCAUGGUUUGCAUAAAGCUUGCAUGCUAAACAGUGGGCCAGAUUUCUCUUUGGUGUAAUUCUUUUGCACUUCAGGGUGUUACACCAUGGAGGGAUUGGGCCCUUUGGCUUUUUCUUCCCAGUCACUUUAUGAUGGCCUGACCUGAACACAGAAGUGUACUAGAAGGGAAGGUUUGGCGGAGGAGGGAAAAUGUCACAAAAACACUAAUCAUUUCCACUUUAAUACACCCAUGAACAUUAGAAGUUGAGCACUUAAUGUAGAUGACUGGAUAACAAAUGUGUGUUCAGCUGGAGCCAUGGGAUAAGAUAGGAAGCAAAGGGUAGAAAUAAAUGGUCAGUUUUCACAGUCGAGAGGUAAAUAAUGGAGUCCCCCAAGGAUCUGUACUGGGACUAGUGCUGUACAACAUACUCAUAAAUGAUCUGGAAAAAGGUAAACAGUGACGUGGCAGAAUUUGCAAACAACACAAAAUUAGUCCAGAUAGUUAUGUCCAAAGCUGACUAUGCAGCGUUACUAAGAGAUCUCACAAAACUGGUUGACUGGGCAGCAAAAUGGCAGAUGAAAUUAAUUGAUAAAUGCAAAGUAAUGCACAUUGGAAAACAUAAUCCCAACUAUACAUACAAAAUGAUUGGGUGUAAAUUAGCUAUUACCACUCUAGAGAGAGAUAAUGGACUCAUCAUGAAUAGCUCUCUGAAAACAUCUGCUCAAUGUGCAGCAGCAGUGAAAAGCUAACAGAAUGUUAGGAACCGUUAGAAAAGGGAUCGGUAAUAAGAAAAUAUCCAAAUGCCACACUAUCAUCCAUGGUAAACCCACACCUUGUAUACUGUGUGCAGUUGUGGGUGCUCCAUUUCAAAACAGGUAUAUUAGAAUUGGGAAAAGCACAGAGAACGGCAACAACAGUGAUUUAGGGCUAUGGAACAGCUUCUAUAAAAGGAGAGAUUAAAAAAACGGGGACUGUUCAGCUUGGAAAAGAGACUAAGGGGCAAUAUGAUCGAGGUCUAUGAAAUCGUGAAUGGUGUGGAGAAAGUGAACAGGGAAGUGUUAUUUUCCCCUUCACAUAACACACGAACCAGGGAGCACAAUGAAAUUGAUAGGCAGCCGGUUUAAAAUACCUAAGGAAGUACCUCACACAUUGAAAGUCAAACUGUGGAACUCCUUGCCAGGGGAUGCUGUGAUGACCAAAAGUAUAACUAGGUUAAAAAAAGAACUAGAUAAGUUCCUCAUCAAUGGCUAUUAGUCAAGAUGGUCAGGGAGGCAACCCCA